AUGGCUUGUCUUGCACUGACCUUUGAGCUUAACCCACAGCAGUUAGACAUGCUGAAGUCCCGAGGAAGCUCUGAUCCACGGCACACACUUACGCAUGCUGCUAUCCCUUGUAUCCUGUCCAGUGCUGGUCCAAAAGGAGACAACAUCUACGAGUGGAGGUCCACCAUUCUGGGACCCCCGGGUUCUGUGUACGAGGGGGGCGUCUUCUUCCUCGACAUCGCCUUCACACCUGACUACCCCUUCAAACCACCCAAGGUAACAUUUCGCACAAGGAUCUACCACUGCAACAUCAACAGUCAGGGUGUGAUCUGUCUGGACAUCCUUAAGGACAACUGGAGCCCUGCCCUCACCAUCUCCAAAGUGCUGCUCUCCAUCUGCUCCCUGCUCACCGACUGUAACCCUGCUGACCCGCUGGUUGGAAGCAUCGCCACACAAUACUUGACCAACAGAGUGGAGCACGACAGAAUAGCCAAACAGUGGACCAAGAGAUACGCCACAUAGACCGCAUGGAAGCCCUGUACCCAUCCCUCAAAAUAAAGAAAAAGAGAAUCAAAAAAACACACUUCCUCUUUACCCCGUCUGCACCCCGUCAAAGCACACUCACUAAGUGCGACCGUCGACCCCCCCCCACCUCCGUGAACCUUUUGUUUACCUUUUUGUGAGAAGACCUGUCCUUUUUUCCUUGUUGACUUGAAAGCUUCUUUUUUUAUACAAAGAGUAGAUUGGGAUUUUAUUUUCCAAUUGACUGAAUGUUGGAACUCUCAUAGAAAAAGUAUAUUAUUAUAAUUAUUGUCACCCAAGCUUGUAAAUGUGUGUGCGUGUGUGCGUGUGUUUUUUUCCUUCAUUUUUAAGUGGUCCCACGGACAGAUUGCAGAUUUCUAUCUUGUUUCUACUUUAUGGUAGUGUUUAGAAGUUUUGUUUUUUUUUGUACUGGAGUCAUUAAUGGUAUGUGCAUGUUAAAAGGAUCGAGGCUGAUGAUCUUUAUCAUUCUCCACAGUCAUGUGACACCAAAAGUAGCGUUCAUGCCCUACCUUCACGAUUUCUGUUUGUACGUAUUAUUUUUUAAGAUGGGCUGUUGAGGCGGACUGCAGAAGUAUCAGCUCCGCUUGUGAAGAGACAGGACUUGUAAAUUUUCCGAGCUCCCCGCCGCUCGUGACACGGGGAGCAGUUUGUUGUACACGCGCAUUAUUAAAGUACUCAAUAAAACACUGUGGUUGAACCACGGCAAAGAAA